CUACGCUUCCAGUGGCGAGGCUGCACGCGCAUAAGUGCUGGGAAUUUAACGUGGAGGUUUGCUCCGGUGUGUGGUAGAGUGUGCAGGAAGGAAGGAGGGAACAAGUCUGUGUUUUCGUGGGCCACGGUGACUUUCUAGCUCGAUUAAUUUGGUAGUCCAGCGCAAUUGUCUUCACUGGUAUUGCCUCGGUGCUAGGAGAGAGUCUCAGUAGCAAGUGUGGGCAGUGGUGUAAAGGAUUGUUGUAGGACCAGGAAUGUGCUCUUCUCAAUCCGUGAAAUUAUCACGCUGGAACUCGAGAAGCAUCUGGUAUAAUCUUUCAUUGUGUUGUGGGUGGGAUCGUUGUGUUCUUGGCUCACGUUUUGGUUUCGGUGAGUGAUUGAGUGAGGUGGGGUCCAACGUGCUGCUGCUGCUGCUGUUGGCGGUAGUGUCGACCUUGGCUUUGGGAUAAGAGGGGUGCUGACUCGAGAGCGUGGGGGCGUCGGAGGGCAGCGAUUCUCUUUUAGUGCAUGCGAGUGCAUUUCAAAGGGAUUUGAUAAGUGCGAGAAUUAUCGAGUGAAGUUGUGUCUUUGUGAAAUUUCUGUGCUAAAUUGUGUCAUUGUGAGGACGAAUGGCGAGCUGGAGCUUGCUAGUUUUGGUGGUAUGGAUGGUGUUCGCGUGCGGCGUUGUGGCUGCAAGAAAUCCCAUGUUCUCGAUUCUUGACAAUCAAGGCGGCGGACGCGUGGGGCGGAGUGCUGGUGAUGAUGAUCACCCGACGUUGUCCGUGGUGGAUGCACGAGGUGGCGGCGAAGAGGAUGGUGCAGCAGGGGCGGUGAGAGCCGUGUUUGACCUUGCCUACCACGGCGGGGCGUUACUGUCCGAGUCGUCGAGCAUGAAUGUGUACAUUGUGUGGUACGGGAGGUUCAGCAGCGUGGCGCGAUCGGCAAUUGUGGAUUUCUUUGCGUCGUUUGGAGAGUCGGCGGAGGGGGACGCGAGCGUGAGCAGGUGGUGGAAGACGACGGCGGCGUACAAGGAUAAUGCGAGGAGGGGAGUGGCGGGGAGCGUGGAGCUGCGCGGCGAGGUGGACUUUGGGGAGUGCAGGCUGGGGCGGAGGCUGAGCCGGUGGGACUUGGAGCUGUUGGUGGUGGAGUCGCUGGGGUGGUUUCCGGCGGAUCCGAGGGGGGUGGUUGUGGUGCUGACGGCGGAGGACGUGAUGGUGGAGGGGAUGUGCAUGAAUUCGUGCGGGUCGCAUUCGUUUUUGGCUCCGUCGGCUGCGACGGGAGGGCAACAGGUGGCGUACGCGUGGGUGGGCGAUGCGGGGAAGCAGUGCCCGGGAAUGUGCGCAUGGCCGUUGGCGGGUGCGGAGUACGGCCCCGCGGAGUUCGUGCCUGUGGUGGCUCCGAACGGGGACGUGGGCGCGGAUGGGAUGAUCAUGAACAUCGGGAGCGUGCUGGCAGGCGCGGCGACGGAUCCUUACAUGAACGGGUGGUACCAGGGCGAUGUGGGCGCGGCUCUGGAGGCAGGGACGGCGUGCGCGGGGAUCUACGGGGAGGGGGCGUAUCCAGGGUACCCUGGGAAGCUGCAAGAGGAUGCGGUGUCGGGGGCGAGCUACAACGUGAGGGGAGUGGGGGAGAGGAAGUAUUUGCUGCCGGCGUUAUGGGACCCGGUGACGCGGACGUGCGCACCGCCGUCGUAGAGGAAGAGGAAGGGAAGGGAAGGGGGUGAGGAGAGGGAGGGAGGGUGCGCGUGGAGGUGGAGGUGGCGGUGUACAGAGAGAGGGAGGUGUGAAUAUAUGGGGUGGUCACGAUAGAUUCUUUUUUGGCGGCAAGAGAAGGUUGAAGGUGUAGCAUACACGAGAGACGGCAGUGACGAUGGAGGUACUACCAGAUGAUGUGUGCAAAGAAGAGAAAUAUAGAGAAAUGAAAAUGGGCGCAAGCUGAAGCAGCGAUGCAUGUUGUACAUACACAUUCUUGUGCUGAUUUGUCCACAACUUGUUUUUUUUUUUU